AUGUUCCCGCUGCUUUUUCGGAUUGCCACUGAUCGGGAGGCAACAGUGGAUUCUUAUGCCCAAAUGCAAGGCCAGGUGGUUGUGUGGAACAUAGUUCUACAUCGUCAAGUGCAGGAUUGGGAGAUGGGGCAAGUGUUGGGCCGUAUUCUGACGAUUGAUAAUUUGAGUCGCCGUGGGCAUAUUUUGGUCAACUGGUGUUGCAUGUGUUGUGGAGCUGCGGAGUCAGUGGAUCAUUUGCUUAUUUGCUGUCCGGUUGCUUCACGCAUUUGGAUGUCUAUAGUCGCUCUCUUCGGUUUAGAUUGGGUUCAGCCAGGGACUGUCAGGGCUGUGCUACAAAGCUGGGUUGGGGGGAGGGUUGGGAAGAGAAGGCGGAAGGCUUGGAACUUGGCUGGCCAUUGUCUUAUGUGGCUAAUGUGGUUGGAACGUAAUCGGCGGGUAUUUUUGGAGGAGUUGCGUUUGGCGGUUUGGUUGGAGAGGCAUUUGCUCCUUGUGGUGCAUAGUUGGUUAACGCUGACUGUGGACUCGGCUGUUUUGUCUUUUGUUGAAUUUGUAGAGGAUUUGUCUUCAUAG